CACACACGCAUCAUGUCUACUGUAGAUAUCGGAGACGACAGCGCCGACAGCUUGGCGGGCAACGCUGGCGCUACAGGCGGGUGGAGCCUUCGCGUCAAAGCGCUUCUGGAAGGCGGCGCAGAGCGCGAGUACCGAGUACAAGUCCAGCCCAGCGCGACAGUCGGCGACUUCCGCACGAAGCUGUCCAGCAAAAGCCAGGUGGCAGUACACCGGCUGCGACUUAUUUUCAGCGGGCGGGUGCUUGCCAACGACAGCCAGAGGCUAGCAGACGCCGGGGUGGAGGAUGGCUGUGCCUUGCAUAUGGUUGUGCGCCCCGCUGCCACAGCCGGAAACAGCGAUGCUGCCAGCGGCCAGCAGCGCGAAUCACCUGGGCAGGGGCGAGCAGCUACCGAUGGGCGCCAGGGAGCCGGGCGCUCGGUGACCGUCGACAUUCCCAUCUACUUCCAUGCUCCGGAGAAUGUGCGAUCCGAGCAGGACCAGCAGCAGCAGCGUGACCGGCUGGGGCGGACCAUCGCUACGGUGUACCGGAACUUUGGAGCCGGCGAUGGCGGCGAGUGGAUCGCAAGGACUUUGACCGGCAGCAUGUACCGCAUUGACCGGGAAGCCGCCGAGCGGGAUCUGCUGACGGACGAGGAGAUGAGCCGCGGGACUGUCCCCAGAACGGCUCUGUAUCCGGCUAGCGAGUCAGAGCACUCGGGAACGCCGAUUCCCGGGCUUGUGUAUUCGCAAACCACCAGCGGCCAGGAAAUGGCACCACAGCGCGUGGUAGUCGCGACACGACCGCAGCCAACGCGCUCCCAGGCAAACGAGCUCAUCUACGAUUUGCUUGAGAACAUCCUGCCCGCCGUACGUCGCGUGCCCGGCAGGGAAAACUUUGAAUUCGAUAGACCAUCGACAAGGCAGUCGCGGUACAUCUCGCACUCGGAGCCUGCUGUCGAGCAGGUGGGCGCUGCUGGCCUGGCAGUCAGGAACCUGGGCGAUGCCCUGGUCGAGGUCGGCCGCAUGUUCCAGCACAUCGGCCUGGGUAUCCGGGACACUGCCCAUGGUGAGUCGCAAGCGGAUGCCGAGGACAGGUCGCAGCUUGCCGAGCGCGCGGCCCAGGCUGCCCGCCAGGUUCUGGCCGCAGCACCGCUGGCACUGCCCUUCCUUGAAAGCUCGGUGCAGCUGCCAGCCGAGCUGCCGUCCGCCCGCACCAACCCUACAACCCGAGGCGUGUCUGCAUCAAGACAUGACCAUAUUCUCUGCGUGUCAGCUUCACAUGGCCGCCGCCGGAACCGCCGCAUGGCUAUGGGGCUGUUGUCGAGCCCAGGGAACGCUAUGUUCUUUGGUCCGGGCGUGUCAGCCGAUUACACAGAGUUCCUGGCGCCCCAAAUGGUUGUCGAGUCCAUGGCUACAUGGACCCACCCAGCCCCGCCCGCCGGGAUGCAGCAUGGAACAGCGGAUGCACAGACACAGAGACCUAAUACGCAGGCGUAUGUAGCAACUAUGCAGGCUGCACAGAGGUUUGGUGCUUCAGCUCUUGCCUCGGCUUCGACUGCUACCACUGGUUCAGCAGCGACAGGUCGAAACACUUUCUGGAACGUGGUCAACUCAGCUCCAGCGCCAACGGCACAUGACAAUGGAGCAAAUACAGCAUCUGGUCGUGCUGCACCAAGCACAGGAGACAGCACGCGCAUGCAUGCUACCCGGACUCUGCAGAACGGCAAUAUACUCGAUGUCUACAUUGACACCAUUGCCGACCCAUCCGAGCUGGUCCGCAGAAUCCGCAGUGCUGCUCAGCCAGCGCCAACCCCCGCCCAGCCGCAGCCAGCAACCUCCUCACAACCAGCACCUGCCCGACCACAGCCAGCAGCAUCCUCGCAGCCAAUACCCACGGAGACAUCUAACGCCCAGCAGGAUCUCGCCGCCAACCCAAACUUCCUCGGCUUCAUUGACCGCCUGUACACGCUCGGCAGCCAGGCCUCGUUGGGCGACGAUCGGUCCGACCGCUCCACCACCACCGAAUAUGGCUCGGCCGCUGGCUCAGUCACCGGCGGCACUGGCGGCCACCCACCACGCAUAUUCUCCACCUUCAGCGGCAGCAGUGGAGCACAAGGCAUGUCUGUGCCAAGCACCAGCGACUCGCCGUUUUCAUUCACAUCCAUGGUCCUCGGCUUCGAGCCCAUAGCCACCACGGCUGGCGCGCCCCCGCGCCCUUCCGAUGCCCAGGACUCUGCGACGCCAGCGGCGAAUUCGCAGCAGACCCAGCCGCAGCGCAUCUUUGCCUCUACCCGCGGUGCAAUGCCUGGGUCCUUUGGCCCCCUGCAGCUCACCUCGGGCGCCAGCCCAGUGAGCCUGUCGGCCCAGUGGUCGACGCUUUUGCAGGCGGUUGCCGGUGAUUCUAAUGAGGCGCGUGCGGGUCACUUGCCGACAGAUGCGGGCGACCAGAUGUCACCGCAGGUGGGUGAGACACGGCCGCGCUCGAAUUCGUCGUCGCAGCAUGGGUACGCCGAUGCGGAGGCAUCGGGUUCCUCUAGCAGCACGCACAGCUGCGCUGACGCUAGCAUGAACAAGCGUCACAAGAAGAACGACCCAGGCGACGGCCCUAGUGGCCAGGGCGUCACUGUUCCCUUCGGCAGCGCCUUCGAAUUCAGCAUCAGCACGCAUUUUGCCGGCCGCACGCCCGAAAUCCUUAUGCCAGCAAUGCGGCUGAACAAGCAGAAGAUCGGCAGCGAAGACGCCGCCAACCCUGUGGCAGCGGCAGCCCUCGACCCAAACGAAGCUGCCAUGAGCAUCAAGUCCCAGGACCUCGUGCCGGCCGAUCGAGUCAGCAAUAUAGCUGUGCACCCGCAGCUGCACCAUGGUGCGCACGCCCAUUUGGAUGGGGACGAGGAAAUGGGCUCGGAUGAAGUCAAUAUUAAGGUUGGCGCAAGCAGCGGGCCGAAGAGCAGUGGUGCAAAAAAGAAGAGCGCGGCGAAAGAUGGUGACGACGGGUCAGGGGAUGGCGAUGAGAUGGGUGCGACCAAGAGCAGGAGCAGGAGCAAAGGAAGAAGCAAGGGCAGGGAUGUAGAUGACGAUGCGGCCGACGAUGAUGCGGACAAGUCUGACAAGAGCGGAUCCAAGUCCAAGAGCAAGAAGGGCGGAUCCAAGUCCAAGGGCAAGAGCUCGUCUGAUGCUGAUGGUGACGACGACGACACCAAGGAUUCAGGAGACACAAAGGAUUCAAGGGACACUAAGGAUUCCAAGGAUUCCAAGGAUUCCAAGGAUACAAAGAGUAGCAUCAAGGGCAGGGGCAAGGAAAAAGGCAAAAACACGCACACCGGCCUCGACGGCAAGGAGAUUGAGGAUGAGGAUGGCGACACCAUGCAGCACAAGAAGGUGCAGGUUGAGCAUGUCAAGGCCAAGAAGAAAAACUGGCGCACAGGCAAGGCCACGUACGACUACCAGAAGGCGCUCGAUGGAUGGAAGUCCGCUGGCCCCAUGUACUACUACAGAGGCAAGUACUUGAAUGUGGCACCAGCGUCUCGUAUUGCAGCCGGUACCUGGGCCACCGUGCUGGCGUCAGCAGGCUGGAUGCUGCUGUGA